GCCUUUGCGCAGCAGUGCGCACCCCAGGUACGCUGCUUGGUCCGCCCCGCCUAGCAGCGGUCUCGCUGUCCCCGCAGUCAGCCGCCGCCAGUUCGUUACCCUCCUCUGUCCCCAGUACGGCUAACCCAGCCAGUCUCCAAGCUCUCCCCUUUCUUUCCUCCGUGUUUCCUCGGCAGCGUCUGUACCUUUGGCCGCGCUGGGCGUCUGGCCCGCAGGAUGAAGAACCCAGUGCUCGAGGUGGUGUCUCUACUGCUGGAGAAGCUGCUGCUCGUCUCCAACUUCAGGCUCUUCAGUUCGGGCACCCCGGGCGAAGAUAAAGGGAGGAACAAUUUCUACGAGAUCAGCUCUUUCCUCCGUGGCGACGUGCUGGAGGUGCCCCGGACCCACCUGACCCACUAUGGCAUCUACCUGGGUGACAACCGGGUAGCCCACCUGAUGCCCGACAUCCUCUUGGCCCUGACCGACGAUAAGGGUCGCACGCAGAAGGUGGUCUCCAACAAGCGUCUGAUCCUGGGCGUCAUUGGCAAGGUGGCCAGCAUCCGCGUGGACACCGUGGAAGACUUCGCCUACGGAGCCGACAUCCUGGUCAAUCACCUGGACGAGUCCCUCCAGAAGAAGGCGCUGCUUAACGAGGAGGUGGCGCGGAGGGCGGAGAAGCUGCUGGGUAUGACUGCCUACAGCCUGCUCUGGAACAACUGCGAGCACUUCGUGACCUACUGCAGAUAUGGCAUCCCCAUCAGCCCCCAGGCCGACAAGUUUUGUGAGAAUGUGAAGAUAAUUAUUCGGGAUCAAAGAAGCGUCCUUGCCUCAGCAGUCCUGGGACUGGCGUCCAUCGCCUGCCUGGGCCUGGCACCCUACACUACCCUUCCUGCGAUUUUUAUCCCAUUCUGUUUGUGGAUGGCUGGCUGACCUCCUCUCACCGUGUCAGCGUAUGUAUUCUGUGUGUAAACAUGUUUAUAUUUAUAGAGCACAAAUCCGUAUUAGCAUUGUUGACAAACAUGUGACCUGUAACACUGUGUUCUGGAUAAAAAUGUGAUUAAGAAUCACGCCAAGUGCUUACCAUGUAAGCCCAGGAACAAAGGCUUUCUGAUUCCUCUCAGGCAGUGCCACUUGGAAGCGCCUUCCAAAUCUUGGAACCGGGACACUUUGUGUAAGAGUCCAGCAGUACAAGCAAAUCGGCCCCUCCGAUGACGGCCACGGGAGAGUACUUGUGUUGUAUUUUCUCCUGUAAUCAUUGUCCCGGUAGGCCUGGAUUUCAAGAUUGGAAUUCCUAUGGACUGAGAUAACUAACUAGUUUGUAAAUGUAUUCUGUUUUCACUGAAAAUUUUAUAUGAAAUUGAAAGAAUUUCCCUCAUUCCGAUGAAAACAUGUUUGAUGAUUGGCAAUAAAUAAAUAAAU